AUGUCCUCGCAGGACCACAAGGACCUCGUCAAUGUCUUGGGCUAUUCCACUCACAGUAAAUACAAUUCCCUCAGCUUGGUCAAAAUGGUGGGCGUCGCGUCUUCAUCCACCUCGAGCCCUCUUUCUACCUUGGGUAGUAAGCAUAUAGCUCUGGACCACAAAUAUCGAUCCCUCAUCCGUCAGUUACCAUCAAAGGAGUAUAUCGACAUCCUCGUCCGGCAAUUUUUCUCGGAUAUCAAUUGGCACUACGAUGUAAUCGACGAGAUCACUUUCCAUCAACAACUGGAGACUUGGAGACGCAUUCCUUACUCAGCUCAGAGCAACGCGACGACUGUCCUGCCCGGCGACGUUUUUGCAUUUCCUUGCCUGCUUUUCCAGGUUAUGGCCCAUGCGCUGAUACAUCAACCUGUCACUGACGGAAGUUGUGCAAGCCUUGAAUCCCUGAAAUACGCCUCAGAGAUGACAUUCGUCGAUUUGGCGCGCGACUUCUCCGAAGCUGGCUUUACCAUCCUGGAGAGCAUUGCCAAAAAAGAAGUGACAGUCGUGGCUGUGCAGGCAGAGCUCCUACGUGCGUCUUUCUUAAAAAACACUGGAAAUGCCAUCCAGGCCUGGCAUGUUCUCGGAAUCGCCGUCCGAGACGCGCAGGAAGUAGGGCUUCAUGCGGAAUCAGUCUCACUAACUCCGCCGGUAAGCAUUGAUACUCGGUGGGAGAAAGAGACGAGACGCAAGCUUUGGUUUGUGCUACACAAUUGGGACAUUCACAUGGCUGUCGUGCUAGGGAGACCAAUUGCAACAAUGAUGGCUGCUGAAAACUCACCUAAUCUUCCUGAAGACCUCGCGCAACGAGAGAGUGGAAUGCCGCCAAGAAGGAGGUCGGCUCAAGAUCCUCCUACCCCAUUUAGUGUGAUCUAUGUGGGCUACCGCGUUGCAUAUCGAUAUUUUCCACGAGUCCAUGCUAUUGAGAACCGUGGAGCAAGAACAGAAGACUACCAGAUUGUUCGAGAGACGCAUACCGCCAUUGUGGAGAACGUCGACCGUCUACCACUUUGGUGUCGAUACGAAGACCCCGAUGUACACUUUGACAAAUUAACAGGCUGUCACUGGUUACCUGCAGCACGCCAGGCAUUGACGAGUGGAAUUUAUUUCGUUUUACUCUCACUACAUCGCCCUUACAUAUUCACUAUGGCUGAAAGUCGGACGGAGGCACUCAAGGCGUCACUGAAGAUCCUGACCGUUCAGAGGCGAUUACAUUAUCUGUCAGAACCACGGCAGUAUAUCUCAUUCAGCAUGGUCUAUCCAUUGUUUGACGCGAUGGUCAUUUCACUGGCCACUGUUACGCUAUUUCCGAAUGAAAACCUCGAUAUUUUCCCAGAACUGGUGCGAGAUGUGCGCUGGGGUAUUGAUGUGCUCAGCAUGAUCGGCGAGCAUAAUACCAUGGCUCGGUCGGCGCAUGGCGUUGUGAAGAAGCUAUUCUCACAUCUAGGCCAAUCUGGUGAGCAAGCUAGUCAGCAAUUGAGCAACAAGAGCGAGGGCGGAGACUGUUCGCACACUGGGACAGCAAAUGUCUAUAGUGCCGAUACGCAUUUAAUCGGAGAUUCUACUGAUGGCAAUAUCGACGUUGACUUAUCGUCACCUUCUUACCAGCGAACGGAGUUAGGGGCAUUGCAUCCUCAUAAUUUUAACUUUGACACUCUAUUGCCUCCUCGGCCGACACAAGAUCUAAUCUAUCAAAAUAUAUACGCACCAAAUCCACAGGAAGCCUACCAGGGCCCCGACCUUUGGUUGGAGAGUGCAGAACUCGGUGGCAUUUACCAAGACAACAAUUUCUGGAGCCUCAUGAACGAAUUCAGUUAA